AUCACAGCCAGGCAACCAAACGCUAGGCCUAGGCGGCGGCGGCGGCGCGGCUAGGCCACCAGCGGGCGGCGGCGAGGGCCCGGUCCGCACGAGGCACGACCGCACCACCCGCUGCUGGCGCACGGUGGCCAGGCAGCCAAGCCUGAGCAGCGGCGGGCGGCGUUCCGGCAGCCGGCUGCCCGCAGGCGCGGCUCCGUCGCUCCUCCAGGUGCCAGCGAGCGCCCUGAGCGCAAGGGGCAACCCAGCCCUUAACCAUCGAGUCUGAACCAUAGAAAGGAGGAAGAGUGGCAGUGCUACUACUGAUUUGAGAUCUUUCUUGGAAAGUUGUCUUGUAAUUUGAUGGCCGGGCAAGGGGGGUCAUGUCUGAAUGCCUGACGAGGCUAGCAGGCUACUAGCCUCAAAAAAGAACUUGAGGUGCCCAAAACCGCGACUCCCAAAACCCUAGCAGCCUCGAUUCCUCCCUACCAUGGCCAUUGCCCCCUACAUACUCUGCCUCUCCCCACCGUGGCUUGACGCCCCUCCCCUCCCCCAGCUCCGGCCUCGCCUCCGCCGCAGCAGGUCCGCCAAAGUAGCUGCUGCCGGCAGCAGCUGGGCUCCUGCCGGCAGCAGCUGGGCUCCUGCCGCCAGCGAAUCCAGCGACGGGGUCGGCGGCUGGUGGGUCCCCGAGCACGAGAAGCCAGUGGAACAGGGGCAGAGAAAGACUGGGUUUGGGAUAGCUGUCCCUGUUGGGCUGGGAGCUUCUGCAGCGAUCGCCUUGGCCGGGCUGGCAUGGCAGUACCCAUCGUCCAGGAACUGUUUACAGCAACUCAUAGUUGCCCCAUUGCAUUAUGUUCAAGAGAAAUUGUCACCAGAGUCAGCAGAGACACCUAAUGAGGAUACAAGUGACAGAGAACCUGAUGGAGUUUUCAGCACAGCACCAGAUGAUAAGGCUGAAGCAGUUAUUGAUGAUUCAAUGCAAAAUAAUACAUCUGUUCCCAGCCAUUUUUUAUUUAGAGCUCCUAUAGAUCCUGUACAUGAGGAGGCUUUCUCUAUAUUGAAGAAGCUACAGAUAAUUGAGAAAGAUGUUAGCCCCAGUGAUUUUUGUACUCGGAGGGAAUUUGCAAGAUGGUUCGUUAAGUUGUGCUCAAAGUUUGAGAGGACAAGGAUGCAAAGAAUUGUUCCUAAUAAAUUAACUUCUGGCUCAAUCCAAAGUGCCUUUGAUGACGUAAAUGUUGAUGACCCUGAUUUCUUGUACAUCCAAUCUUUAGGAGAAUCUGGUAUUGUACUGAGUAAACUAUCAAACUCCUUGGAAACUUCGACAAGUGGUUCUCCUAGUUGUCAGGGAAAUUCUUUAUUCCUGCCUGAGAGUUAUCUCUCUCGUUUUGAUCUUGUCAACUGGAAAGUGCUUGUGGAACAUCCACGUGCAUUGGGAAUAGACCAAAAGAUGCUGAAUCAAAAUGUUCGCAUUUUGCAUUUUAGUGAUUGCCCAGAUGUGUCUCCAUCCAUGCUCAUAGAGCUGAUGGCUGGUGAGAACAACAUCAUCAGCAAAGUUUUCGGAAAUACAAGACGCCUUCAACCACUGAAACCUGUAACAAAAGCACAAGCAGCUGCUGCAUUGACCAGUGGUAGAAUGGAGGAGGCAAUUCGGGAUGAGUUAAACAGAUUAGAAGCAGAAAAUCAAGCCCAUCUUUCUGCCAUAGCUGAAAUAAUGGAAGAAUUAAUUAGUAGAGGAGAUAUACGACAACAAUGGGAGGAGAAGAUGAAAAAGGAGCAACAACGAGCUUUCGAAGUUGACAAGGAUCUUCAACAUGUGUUGCAUGAGCUUGCAAAUGAGAGGAUAGGCAGAGAAAGAGAACUAGAAGACUUGUCGAAAGAAAAAGCAGCUUUAGAGUGCCAGAAUCAAGAACUCAUAAAUCUAAGGUCAGAAAUUGAUGGCAUGUAUGAUAGACUGGCAACUGAGAAUGCAAAGGUCAUGGCUGAUCAGCAGACUUUGGAAAACCUGUUGUCGGAUAUAACCGGCAAGCAUCAAGCUGUCAAUGAAGCUAAAUCACGUCUUGAAGGUGAAAAGGAAGCCCUUACAAUGCUAAGGACUUGGGUAGAGGAGGAAGGAGCAAAAGUUCACGAACAAGCUGAGACACUCAAGAAAGCUGUACGAAGAUGGCGAGUCCCAGUAGAUUCACCCCUGCAAGCUAACUAGGCAUUGCAUCGUUAAAGACUUGCUCAAAAUUUUUGGAGCUCUUUGGUUUCAGCGCAUCUGCGUCUCUCAUGUAUAACUCUGGUUUCUCCGUCUUUUUUAUUUCUGGUUUUUUCAUGUAUAACUCUAGUUCUUCACUCUUUUUUUCAUCUCAGGUUUCUCUUUUGAUAUACCAUGCAGAUCUCGGGGGGUCACUCAUUUAUCCCAGUGAAGCAAAGUAGCAUCAAAUACCCCCUAAUGUGGACCAGUGGCAAGUAGCAAACACAAGUUUUAGAAAGCUACCAUAGGGCCACCAGACAAAUGUUAUUGAAGCAAAUGAAUCUUUAAUUGAAGAUCUUUGAUAUCAAAAAUCAAAUAGUCACUCUGUUCGGCAGCUCCAGCAGCCUCCAGCCCAACAGUGUUUUCCUCUCAUACUGCUCCAGCACCAGCUUCCAGCCAUCAGCCGGUCAACAGUAUUUUUCUCUCAUACCACUCUAGCCACCAGCUCCAGCCCAGCGAACAGAGUGAGUGUUGGCUGACUGGUUGGGCAUGAAAUAUGUUAUUCUAGAGCCUAAAUGCUGCUUUCGCCAAGAAAUGCAGGAGUUCAAAAGGUGGCUAACUGGUUGGACCUGAAUAUGUUAUUCUAGAGCCUAAAUGUUGCUUUCACCAGGAAAGCUUUAGUAUUCAUUGCUAAUGAAAGUGCUUCUAAAAU